AUGUCCUCGUCUCCCAUACGUGACACCAAUGAGUCGCUGUCGCAUCCUCGAGGCGACUCUGGUUCUCACAGCCGCUCGCAAACUCAGAGACUUGCUGGUGAUGGAUCGUCAUCUCCUUUAUUCAUGCCCUCCAGUGAUGCUGGUGGAUCAGACCGUAGACCUUUCUUCAAUGCCUCUACCCAUGGGGGGUCCUCACCAUUGCACUACACCUCAUCCACACAUCCCUCGUCUGAUCGAGGGUUUCAAAGUGGGGGAGCGCGUCAACCCACCAGCGGUAGAAUAUACUCUGAUCUUCCAACAAGUGAAAGAGACCAUACCCCUAGAAGAAGAUUUAGAGGUGAUUUACAAGAUUCCACAUCGUCUCCUAGGAGAUCCAGAAGAAUGGUGGAAACAACUAGGACCACAGUCAAUGGGUCUCAGAAUAGUUCCUUACCUAAUUUAAGUUCUCUGUCAUCAAUGGCACCAUUGGAUGAAGGUCCUGUUAGAGUCAUUUGGGGUACCAAUGUAUCUAUUAAUGAUGUUGCUGAUAAGUUUAGGGACUUUUUAUUGAACUUCAAAUAUAGAUAUCGUAAGGAAUUGGAUGGUACAAAUAUUGAAUUGGAUCAAGAUAUAUCUGAAGAAAUGGAUGAAGUUUUCUAUUUGAAUGAAUUGAAGGCUAUGCACAGUUUAGGGUUGACUAAUCUUAAUCUUGAUGCAAAGAACUUGAGAGCUUAUGUACCUACCCGGUCUUUAUAUUUCCAAUUGAUCAAUUAUCCACAAGAAGUUAUUCCCAUUAUGGAUCAAAGUUUAAAAGAAACAGUUUUAACUAUCAUGACGGAAGAAAAUGCCACUGAUGAUGAAGUUAGUGAAAUAGAAAAGAAAAUUUAUACUGUUAGACCUUAUAAUAUUGAUUUGGUACAAAAAGGUAUAAGAGAAUUGAAUCCUAAUGAUAUUGAUAAAUUGGUUAGUGUUAAAGGAUUAGUAUUAAGAUCCACUCCCAUUAUCCCGGAUAUGAAGGUUGCCUUUUUCAAAUGUAAUGCUUGUGAUCAUACUGUUGCGGUGGAAAUUGAUAGAGGGAUUAUAGCCGAACCCAAAAAAUGUCCCAGAGAAGCAUGUCGUCAACCUAAUUCAAUGGUUCUUAUUCAUAAUAGAUCAUCAUUUGCUGAUAAACAAAUUAUCAAAUUACAAGAAACCCCUGAUUUGGUUCCUGAUGGUCAAACUCCACAUUCUAUCAACUUAUGUGUUUAUGAUGAAUUGGUUGAUACUUGUAGAGCAGGUGAUAGAAUUGAAGUCUGUGGGAUAUUUAGAUCGAUCCCUGUUAGAAUAAAUUCCAAGCAAAGAGCACUUAAAAGUUUGUACAAGACUUAUUUGGAUAUUGUUCAUGUUAAGAAGAUCGACAAGAGAAGAAUGGGAGCUGAUCCUUCCACAUUAGAACAAGAAUUAUCUGAGAAACAUCAUGAAGUGGAAGAUAUAAGAAGGUUAUCAGCUCAAGAUAUUGAGAAAAUAAAGGAAACAAGUCAAAGAGAUGAUUUAUAUGAAUUAUUGGCACGUUCAUUGGCUCCAUCUGUAUAUGAAAUGGAUGAUGUCAAGAAGGGAAUACUUUUACAAUUAUUUGGAGGAGCUAAUAAGACAUUCAAGAAAGGUGGAAGAUAUAGAGGUGACAUAAACAUAUUAUUAUGUGGAGAUCCUUCAACUUCCAAAUCCCAAUUGUUACAAUAUGUUCAUAAAAUAGCCCCUAGAGGUAUUUAUACUUCUGGUAAAGGAUCAUCUGCUGUUGGGUUAACAGCAUAUGUGACUAGAGAUGUUGAUACCAAACAAUUGGUAUUGGAAUCUGGUGCUUUAGUACUUUCAGACGGUGGGAUAUGUUGUAUUGAUGAAUUUGAUAAGAUGAGUGAUAGUACCAGAUCAGUUUUACAUGAAGUUAUGGAACAACAAACGAUUUCUAUUGCCAAAGCCGGGAUUAUUACCACUUUGAAUGCUAGAACUUCUAUAUUGGCAUCCGCAAACCCCAUUAAUUCUCGUUAUGAUCCGAAUUUACCCGUGACUGCCAAUAUUGAUCUACCUCCUCCCCUUUUAUCCAGAUUUGAUUUGGUGUAUUUGAUUUUGGAUAGAGUUGAUGAAGUUGUGGAUAGACAAUUGGCCAGACAUUUAACGGAAAUGUAUUUGGUGGAUGCUCCAGAUAAAGUGAAUGAAAACUACGUUCUUCCUGUGGAGUUUGUUACCAUGUAUAUCCAAUAUGCUAAAGAGAAUAUCCAACCGGUUAUGACCGAAAGAGGUAAGCAAGAAUUGGUGAGAGCCUAUGUGGAGAUGAGAAAAUUGGGUGAUGAUGCUAGAGCAAGUGAUAAGCGUAUUACUGCUACCACGAGACAAUUGGAAUCGAUGAUUAGACUAUCUGAAGCUCAUGCCAAAAUGAGAUUAAGUUCAACUGUGGAAUUAAUUGAUGUGAAAGAGGCCGUUAGAUUAAUUAAGAGUGCCAUUAAAGAAUAUGCCACUGAUCCGGUUACUGGAAGAAUCGAUAUGGAUAUGGUUCAAACUGGUACCACCGUUGCUCAAAGAAGACUUCAAGAGGAUUUGUCCAAUGAGAUCAUGGCCAUCUUAGAACUGGAUAAUGGAAGUAUUCGUCUUACAGACUUGGUUGUGCGACUUAACGAACGGUCUUCCAUUAGAGUGGAGAGUCAACAUGUACAUGAUGCCAUUAAAAGAAUGACUCAAGAGGGAAGAGUCAUUAGAACUGGUGAUGCUCAUAGAUCAACCAUAUCCAAAGUCAAUACUGUCUGA